GCCGCUGCGAAACCUAUAUUCUCCUCAUCCCUCCCAAACCCUCUCAACGCUUCGGUGACAGCAUAUGGCGAGAGAACGAAAGCCAUCGUCGAGCUUGAAGGCGUCGAAAAGAUCAAAGAAGACUGAAGAAGCAGUUUUGAUGGAAAGCCCUCAAAGAUCGACUCCCUUAAGGAAGUCCACUAGAAGUGUCGAGAAGAACGAGAAGACAAGUGUAGACGAAGGUGGGUCACCGCAUAUGGCGAGAGAACGAAAGCCAUCAUCGAGCUUGAAGACGUCGAAAAGAUCAAAGGAGACUGAAGAGGCAGUUUUGAUGGAAAGCCCUCAAAGAUUGACUCCCUUAAGGAAGUCCGCGAGAAGUCUCGAGAAGAACGAGAAGACAAGUGUAGACGAAGGUGGGUCACCGCAUACGGAGAGGAAACGAAAGGCCUCAUCGAGCUCGGAGAAGUCCAAAAGAUUAAAGGAGACUGUACAAGCCGAAGAAGCAGUUUUGAUGGAAAGCCCUCAAAGAUCGACUCCUUCAAAAACGUCGAAGAUUGAAGAAAACGAGAAGAUUAGUGUCGAUGAAGACGAGAAUAGAUUCAUAGGCGAACCAGUCCCUGAGGAAGAAGCUCGGCAGAGGUGGCCUCAUCGGUACGCCGGAAAGAAGGGAAAAGGGAUAGAUGGAUGUAAAAGCUUAAAAGGGAAGGACGAAUCAGACGAGAUUAUUCAAGCUAAACUGCACUUCACUCAGGCAGAGAUUGAUGGUCGUAUAAUUUUCAAUUUAGAAGACGAUGCUCAUGUGAAGGCUGGAGAGGGGGAAGACAAUUAUAUCUGUAGAAUUUUAGAGAUGUUUGAGGCCUUGGAUGGCUCUUUUCAUUUCACGGCACAAUGGUUUUACAGGGCAAAGGAUACGAUCAUCAAAAACCACUAUAACCUUGUUGAUGAUAAGCGGGUGUUCUUGUCUGAAGUCAAGGAUGACAACCCCUUGAAUUGCCUUGUUGAGAGGCUUAAGAUUUGCAGGCUGCCCUUAAAUAUGGAUUUUGCCUCCAAGAAAUCAGCAAUUUUAGAUUGUGACUAUUAUUAUGAUUUGAUGUACUUGCUUCCAAAUUUUUCUUUUGUGAAUUUACCAUCAGAUAAUAUAGGAGCUGGCAGUGAAUCAGGCUCAACUAUCUCUAGCGAGGCUAAUGCUGCUGGAGCAGUAGGUGGAGUAAAGUUUGACUGUGAGGAAGUUUCCCAAGUCAUAGAGAAAAUAAAUUCAGAGAUGACACUCUUAGAUCUAUACUCAGGUUGUGGAGCAAUGUCCACAGGACUUUGCCUUGGUGCUAAUUUGUCAGGUGUCAAUCUCGUUACUAAAUGGGCAGUUGACUUGAAUAAAUAUGCCUGUGAGAGCCUGAAACUAAAUCAUCCUGAGACUCAAGUUAGAAACGAGUCAGCAGGAGACUUUCUAAAUCUUUUGAAAGAAUGGGAACGGCUGUGUAUCUCAUUUUCCUUGAUAGGGAGUAGGGCUUCACGAGAAGAUGUGGAUAUUAAAAGGGUGGCAGAUAUUGAUAGUGACGAGGGUGAAGGUGUUGAAGUCAGUGAUGGAGAAGAAGAUGAUUCUGAAGAUUUUGAAGUAGAGAAGGUUUUAGCAAUUUGUCAUGGUGACCCAAAGGAAAUUAAGAAACCUGGAUUGUAUCUUAAGAUUCGUUGGAAGGGUUACGGACCGGAUGAAGACUCAUGGGAGCCUAUGGAAGGUUUAGGUAACUGUGAGGAGAAGAUAAAGGAAUUUGUUACAAAAGGUUUCAAAUCAAAGAUUUUGCCAUUGCCUGGUAAUGUUGAUGUUAUUUGUGGGGGUCCGCCAUGUCAAGGGAUAAGUGGAUUUAAUCGCUUUAGAAAUAAAGAAAAUCCCUUAGAUGAUCCAAAAAAUAAACAACUAGUUGUUUUCAUGGAUAUCGUUAACUUUUUGAGGCCUAGAUUUGUUUUAAUGGAAAAUGUAGUAGACAUUGUUAGGUUUGCGGGGGGUUAUCUUGGAAGAUAUGCUUUAGGGCGACUUGUUGGAAUGAAUUAUCAAGCACGGGUGGGAAUGAUGGCAGCAGGGUGUUUUGGACUUCCACAAUUUCGAAUGCGUAUUUUCAUUUGGGGUGCUGGUCCAAAGGAGAGGUUGCCUCAAUACCCACUACCAACACACAAUCUUGUAGUGAGGGGUACCAUCCCUGUUGAAUUUGAGUCGUGCACUGUUGCUUAUGAAGAAGGAUGCAACGUUGAACUUGAGAAGGAAUUAUUACUCCAGGAUGCUAUAUCUGACCUCCCUCCUGUUGAGAAUGAUGAGGCUCGGGAUGAUAUGCCUUAUGAGGGUGAGCCUGAGACCGAAUUUCAGCGAUUCAUUAGACUAAGAAAGGAUGAGGUGGGUUGUUCGACAUUUGGGGAAGAAGUUCCGAAGUAUGUCUUGUUUGACCAUCGUCCACUCCAGUUAAAUGAGGAUGACUAUCAACGUGUUUGUCAAAUUCCAAUGAGAAAGGGUGCAAACUUCAGGGAUUUGACAGGUGUUAUGGUCGGUAAAGAUAACAUAGUUGAAUUGGAUCCAAAUUGUGCAAGGGUGUACCUUUCUUCAGGAAAGCCUUUGGUCCCUGAUUAUGCUUUAACUUUUGUGGGAGGGACUUCUACAAAACCAUUUGGUCGAUUAUGGUGGGAUGAGACAGUACCAACUGUUGUUACAAGAGCUGAGCCUCAUAAUCAGACAAUCUUGCAUCCUCAGCAAAAUAGAGUACUCACCAUUCGUGAAAAUGCUAGAUUACAAGGUUUUCCUGAUUACUAUAGACUUUUUGGCCCAAUCAAAGAAAGAUACAUUCAAGUUGGAAAUGCAGUUGCUGUCCCUGUUGCCCGAGCUUUGGGGUAUGCUUUGGCUUUGGCGUUUCAAGGUUCUUCUUGUGGUGAAGAACCUUUGUUUACUUUGCCAAAAAAAUUCCCUAACAUUAUGGAACAACUUUCCCUUGAGGAUGAUUAUUAGUUUAAUUUUCCCCAAAAUUGACAAAUGAAGAGUACAUUUAUCCUAUAUAUUUAUUUUUGUUCAUUUCUCCUUUUAAUUUGAAUAGUGUACUUUUAUUUCAACUCUUCGUGAUAAUAUAUUUGAUAGUUGAUGUUCUUGA